GAAAGAUAUUGGAAUUAUUCUGUGGAGUUGAUUGUCGGAAAGUAGCGUGUUUCUUAUUACUUAUAGCAUUUAAGUGAUUUAUGUACGUCGUCUUCGCCACUUAAAGCAGAUACAAAAUCCUCAUUUUACUUAAAAAUAUUGUAUUGAAGUGAAUUGCAAGAUCGUAUAACAGGUGGUAAAUAAUGCCUGCAGCAGAUGAAGUGAAAUCGAGCUGGGCAGACGAAGUCGAGGAAGAAGGAACGGCUGGAACUUUACCCCCACCAAUAGAAGAAAUUGAAAAUGGUUUUAAGAUCAUUACAGAAUAUAAAUAUAAUGAUGAUGAUAAAAAGAUUAAGGUGGUCAGAUCAUUCAAAAUAGAGCGCAUGAUUGUAUCAAAGACCAUUGCCUUGCGUAAAACUUGGAGUAAAUUUGGUCAGUCAAAGAAUGACAAAGCUGGUCCAAAUCCAGCCACCACAGUUGUUGCUGAAGAUGUGUACAUGCAAUUCAUAUCAAACAAAGAAGAAGAUAACAAACCUGAAGAAGAUGCUUUAGAUAAACUAAAGGGCAUGGGCGAGAAGGGAGUCGUGAAAUGCCGAAAGUGCUGCGGAGAACACUGGACAACAAAAUGUCCAUACAAGGACACAGUUUUACCAGGUGGGAAACUGACAGAUGAGAAGAGACCUGAGUCUGCAGGGGGAUCAGGGGGUGUUGGACCUGGGAUGGCAUCUGGUGAUGAUAAAAGCAAACAACAAAACACUAAAUAUAUCCCUCCAAAUCUUCGUGAUGGAGGCAAUAAAAGAGGUGACAGCAUGUCAAAUUCAAGGGGUAGAGAUGAAAUCAUAGCAAUACGUGUCUCCAAUCUGUCAGAUAGCGUUACAGAGGCUGAUCUGGAAGAUUUGGUAAAAUCUUUCGGUCCAAUUCACAAGCUAUAUCUGGCUAAGGAUAAAACUACAGGCCAGUGCAAGGGAUUUGCUUAUAUUCACUUUAAGUUCAGGUCAGAUGCAGCUAAAGCUAUUGCUUCUCUUCAUGGUCAUGGGUAUGAUCAUUUGAUUUUGAAUGUUGAUUGGUCAAAACCACAAGGGCAAAGUUAACUACUUUCAUGGUUCAAAUUUUAGUAAUAACGUGUCUCAUAAGCUGUAACUGAAAUCUCUUAAAGAUUGUUCAUAUAAAAUUGCCACUCAUGAAACUCCAUGUAAUAUUGAUGAGAUUAUAAAUCAUCGUCUUUCAUUUUCGUUUCUGACUUGAAUGUGAAGUUAUCAAAUUUUUAAGGGUACAGAUGAACAAAUAUUGUUUAAGGUUGCGUACCAUUUAUGCUUGGAUUAUUAUUCUGACCCAAAAUUUUUCCUAAUUUAUUUUUUCAUCACUUCAGUACUGUGAACAAUAUAAGCUUAUUCCUUUUAAUGAUAGUGCUGAAUCUGCUUUAAUAAAAUUUAUCAAAAGCUUUGGAACAAAAAUUUUAAUAUUGUAAUGCAGAUACUUGGAUGGUUAUCACCUGGGCGUUGUGCUGUAUAGCAUUUUGGCUGUGUGCAAGCAUUUUAGAGGAAUGUAACUGGUGUCUGAGAAUACAACUUCCCAUAUGUACAUUUCUGCAAUGACAUCAGAUCCAACAACACAUAUUUCUUGAACUGUAUUAAGCUUAUGUGCACAUUGACUUUGCAAAAUAUGUCAUGGGACCAAGUGAUUUUUGUGCCUCAUUCAUAUUUUGUCAUAUUUUUGUUGUGUUAUGCAUUCUGCUGCAAUCUUGCAAGAUACGUAAAAAAAUUAUGGAUGAUAACUGCAGACUAAAUAUUAAUAAAUAUAUUAACUUCAGUUCUCAUAUUUAUGUAUAAUUUGGUAUAAAGAAAAAUGUUAGCAUAACAUCCAUGCAUAAUGGUAUCAUAAUUGGCAGACAAAAGAAUGAAAGUUAACUUUUUUGACACCCAGAAAAUAUGAUAUGUAACUCCUAAAUUCAUAUUGAAACAUGUUAAAUUCAAGUAAAUGGGGUAAAAAUUUCUUUCUGGAAAAAAGUAUAUGUAUUAUAUUUUAUGUUCUAUCUAAAAACAAGUGAUUAUAUCAUAGGUGGUGAUAACUGGAGAGUGAUUCUAGAUGCCUUCUCAGUGUUCUAGAGAUGUCCUGUUAGGAAGGUUAUUAUUUACUGUAUUAUAAACUUGCAUUGUUGAUAUAUAUCAGUGUUCAUUUCUGUUAAUAUGUAUACAUUAUGCUAUCUGAAUUGUUAAAGUAACAGUCUUUAAGGGAAAAAAUGGAAUAUGGUAUAACAAAAGGAAAGUGAAGGAAGUCUAUAAUAAAGCAUGAAUGAAGUGCAACAUAUGUAUUUCAAAAAAAUAUGAUACUUUUAGUUAUUGGAUAUCCAAUUUCAGUAAUUGUAAACAUGUUAUUAAUAUGAAAUAAACCAAUACUCGGUCUAAAAUAA